AUGAUCUACAUCAGAUAUUGUUUUUUGAUUACUUUUUAUUUUACAAUAAUCAAUUCUUCAUCAAUAUUAUUAAAUCGUCUAAGAAAAUCUAAAACAAUUACAGUUCAAUCAAAAUUAAGUUCACCAAUAGAAAUAAAUAUUAAUAAAAAUUCGAAUUUUAAUUUAACAUGUUCAUUUUUAUCAAAUUUUCAAAUAAUCGAUAUAUUUUGGCUUCAUAAUGGAACAUUAAUUCAAUCAUUUAUUUCAAAUAAAAUUUUAGAAGAAGAAGAUGAUAAUUCAUUUCUUAGUGUUUCAAUUAUUUCAACAAUUCAAAUUGAGAAAAUUCAUUUUGAUAUCAAUGGAUUUUAUCAAUGUAUUGCUGUACAUCAAGAUAUUUAUGCUAAACAAACAUUUACUGUUCAUAUUAAUACAAACGAAAUAAAUUCAAUACCAAUUCAUUUUCCUACUGAUGCAUUUAUUACUGUUUAUACAUCACAAGCGUUAUUUGAACCUCGAAAUUAUUUAUCAUUAAUGUGUCGUAUUGGUGAUUAUAAAAAAAAAGAAUGCGAAAUACAAUGGUUUAAUCCACAUGAUGAUUUAUUGAAUAUACUCGGUGAAAAUACAGAUUUAGUAAUUCGAAAUGCUACUUUUGAAGAUAAUAUGGGUUUAUAUACUUGUCAAAUUUGUUGUCACAAUCAAUGUCAAAAAUUAACAUCAUUUAUUUAUCCAGCUGCAGAAGAUUAG